AAGAAAAGAAAAAGUCAACAUGCAAACGCUAUUAUGGCUCUGCUACAAAACAGAAUCCUCAAUAAAUCUUCUUUGUUGUUUUUAUCGUCGUGUUCAUAGCGUUUGCCAUUGGACACGUUCUUAUUGUUAGUAUAUCUUGUUUGUUUCUUCCACUAACUGCUUAGAAUUCUGGGUUCUGAUAGGGAUAUGACAUGAUGGUGUUUUUGUCAUAGAUAUAUAGAUUCACAUGUGUCACAUUACUUCGGUGUAUUCUGAAUUGUUCUAGUUUUCUUUUUCCCUUUUUUCUUUUUUUGAAAGUAAUUACAGUGACACAAGGUUUUGAACAUUGAAGGUUGUGGGAGACUUUCAAAAUUGGAUCUUGCUCUGCUUAUUAUGUGCAUGCAUGGAUUUUCUGCAUUGACGUUUGUUCCUUUUGUUAGUGAUGCUAUUGUACUGAGUUCUGAAUUUUCAAGACAAAGUUGUUGGUGCUUUUGCAUGGGAGAAAGUUGAGUCUUACAUGGAAGUGUUGUUGAAGUUCUUUGGUGGUACUGCAAAUUCAGUUACUUGCAAAUGCAUGGUAUUGUUUGUUACUGUUUUGAUUCUUAGAUUACUUCUCUUUCCUUCCUUCCCUAGUUUUGAUGGGAUUGAAUGGACCAACAUUGUGUAUAUCCGCAACAACCAUCCUCCAUUGUUGGGUUCUGAGUUUGGAAUUAGGAAAAACAAGUUCUUGGAAGUUCCUCAGAUUGUGUGGGGAUUGAACAACCAGAAGAUUGCAUUUGCAAGGGCUUGUCUUACUGCUAGAAUGCUGAAUAGAACUCUUUUGAUGCCUAGCCUUAGUGCCUCUUUGUUUUACAAAGAAAUUGACCUCUUAAAGCCAAUUUCCUUUGACAAAGUGUUCCAAUUCAACGCGUUUAACACAAUUUGCAGCGGUUUUGUUCAAUUAGGCCAGUACUCGGAUGUGUUAAAUGUAACAAAAGUCCUUGAAAUGCAGAAAGGAAGUGGAAGGAAGUGGACAUUGGAAAGAGAUUUAUCACAAUUGAGGGAGCAUAGCCAGGGCUCGAUCGAUGACCACGAGGUAAUUCGGAUUGUUGGGAAGAAUCCCUUUUUGUGGCAUGAUCAUUGGCCUGUGAAGGAUUAUGCAAAGGUUUUCGAGUGCUUGCAUUUGGUAGAUAAGAUUUCUGAAGAAGCAGAUAGAGUUGUGUCUAGGAUUAGAGAAGUUGGAAGAGAGGCAAGGGAAAGCAUUAAUGCUUCUGAGAGUUCUUCAUUUCGGCCUAUGCCAUAUGUUGCCGUCCACAUGAGGAUAGAAAUUGAUUGGAUGAUUCAUUGCAAGAAAUUAGAGCAGAGAUUGAACACAAACCAAAUAUGCAGUAGCAGGGAAGAGAUAAUGGAAAGAGUUAGGAACAUUGCCGGUUUGAAGGCUCCGGUCGUUGUUUAUCUCGCGGUAGCCGAUAAGCUCCUUAAUGAUUCUUCCAUAUUAGAACAUUGGGGAGAAGGCAUUCUUCCCUUUGAGAAGAAGAAACUUGGUGUUGAUGGAAUUUAUAAGAAGUAUCCAUAUCUAAUUCAAUCUGCAAUCGACUAUGAAGUGUGUUUGAGGGCUGAUAUCUUUGUUGGAAACAGUUUCUCCACAUUUUCAAGCCUUAUAGUCCUUGAAAGAACACAGAAGAUGAUGAAAAUUGGAGCCACAAGCAUGUGUGGAAAUGAUGCAAGAUGGCCUUCUUAUGCUUACAAUAUACCAUCCGGAGAAGAAUCAAAUGGACCUAUGAAAUGGAAUACAAAUAUGUCUGAUUCAAGUCUUCAAGCAAUCAGCUAUGGCACCAACCACAUUUCUUGUUGAUAGUGCUGUGUAUAAUUUCUGUUGCAAAUGUUCAGAAUUCUUAGAGUAGAUUAGAGGCCCUUCUUCUUGUGGAGUUUGAUUAGCUCACAUCAAGAAGAAAGAAAGAAUGGUUAAGAGGUUACAACUUACAACAAUGGGAUAUAGUUGUUUACAUUGAGGUAUGGUUUCUCUUUAUGUAAAUCAUCAUACUUUUAAUGUCCAUUGAGGAAUGUUUUUUGAACAUCUAGUUUUGUGACUUUUAUACACACCCAUAUCAUCUGAUCAUCAUAUUAGAUUUUGAUUUGGCCUCAAUAUUUAAAUUAAGUUAGGUAAGUAACACAAUUUAUUUUUGCAUAUAUCAACCCAUUGAUAACAAUCAAAGUCUCUUGAAGAGGGCUAUUUUGUUUA